AUGAUCACAGGACAGAAAGCAUCUACAAAAUCUUCUAAAUCACUUGCCUUAUCAAUAUCAUCAUCAUCGUCAACAACAUCAUCAUCAACAACAUCAGUUGUCACCAAGAGUUUCCUAGUACUACCACUACAUUUGUUUCUCAUUUUCAUGACGACUGCAGUAGCCCCCGCCCGCGGCUUGGCCGUCAUUAAAGAAGAACUACAGGGCAUUGCUGUGGCACAUAAUUGGCCAUGUCCCGAUCGAAAGAAUAAUCAUUUGCAACCCCGUCACAUUGAAGAAUUCGAGCUAGACUCGGUGGAACAAAACGGCACGGAAGCAUCCUACUUUGCCACCUUGUUUCUACGAUUUGCCCGGGUCAUUUGCAAGGCCGAUUGUGUGGUGCGGAAGGAACUAUUUGAAACAUGGGCCAUGGCAUUGCACGUCCAUGAUCACUUUCCAGAUGUUCUGCGUUUUGCCGACAUGGCCAGUGGACAUGGCCUACUGAGUUGGGCCUUGCUACUUCUCAAUGAAAACCGAACGGGGAUUUGCGUGGAUGUGCGAAUGCCCAAAUCGGCGGAAAAGCUGCGGGAUGCCUUUUGCGCAGAAUGGCCACAUCUGGAGGACCGAUGGGAUUUUGUAGAAGGCAAAUUGGAAUACGUCGAACCAGCUCCAUCGACUCUCAUUGUGGGAGUUCAUUGCUGUGGACCGCUCAGCGAUAAGGUCGUGGAGUUGGCCAUCAAGGGCAAGUCGCCCUUGGCAUUGGUCCCAUGUUGCCAUACAAACAAGCAUUUGAGCAAAGAGCAACGACAAGAUAUUUUGAAACAGUCUUGGACUCUAGCCGAUUGGAUUGACAAGCAUCGAAUCGAUCGUUUGGAAGAAGCCAAGUUCGAGGUCGUCGAAGGGACCAUUCCCAAAGUCUUUACUCCAAAGAAUCGCAUCAUCUUGGCCACGCCACCCCCGGUACCUGACAAUUUGAUUACCACCGUAUGGAAGGAAACCAAGAAGGUACCAGUGAAUUCCUCCGAAGAGUCGAAAAUGGAACAAAAGCAACAGGAUGCGCCCGAGGAGGAUACAUCCCUUCCACCACCCCAAUCCAUUAUUGAUAACGAGGCCAUCUGUCGGAUCCCAUUUGGAUUGCCCGCAUUUGCAAUUCCAAUUGCAGACAUCCCCUCUUCUCACGAAUCCAUUCGAAGGAUUAGUGGUCGGGACGCUGCCAAUCUGCGCAAGGGACAUCCAAGAACCUUGAGUUUGUCCCUCUUUCAACCACCAAGUCCAGAGGCCUUGACACCAGAUCAAGUAGCCACAGUCGCCAAUGCUCUGGAUGAGAACGUUUGUGUCUGGGGCAGUUAUGUGGACAAGGAGGGAUUCAUAUACAAGGAUGGUCGAAUGUGCCGGACCUACCGACUUACGUAUCGGAAAAAGGGAGAAGAGGUAUUGAACAAAGCAGAGGCCAAGGAACUACACAUUCAAUUAUGCCACAAGAUUGAAGAAGUGUAUCCAGGUUCACAAGUAAGACAGUUUCCAAGAUAG